GGCCGGCUCGGCCCGGAGGUCGCGCCGCCUGCUCGGGAGCCGGAGCCGCGGCCAUCGGCGGGGCCCAUCGGCGGGAGAUCACGAUGGCCCUGUGGAACUGUAGAGCGUGCCUGCUGUUCUCCCUUGUGGCUGCCUGCUUCAUCUCUGCCUUAGCUGGGGAGUCUGUGGGAGAGAGUCAACAUGCAAAUAUUCGGCUCGAUAAGAACCUGGUACAAGAUAAAGACCACAUCAUGGAACAUUUGGAAGGUGUUAUUGAGAAACCGGAGUCUGAGAUGUCUCCACAAGAGCUGCAGCUUCAUUACUUUAAAAUGCAUGAUUACGAUGGCAAUAACCUGCUAGAUGGAUUAGAACUUGCUGCUGCUAUAUCCCAUGUCCACAAAGAGGAAGGUGGCGAACAUACCCAGGCAAUGAAAGAAGAAGAACUAAUUAGUCUAAUAGAUGAUGUUUUAAGAGAUGAYGACAAGAACAAUGAUGGAUACAUUGACUAUGCAGAAUUUGCAAAAUCACUGGAGUAAGGGUUUGCAAGGAGGUUCUUUCUCCUUUUAGCUAUGUGGAAAUGUGACCCAGUAUAAUGUGAUUCAUUACUGUCUCAUAUCAACCUUUGUGCUGCAACACUCAUGAGAAGAUGUAUCAAUUCCAGUUGAUUUCCUUUGAAAAUUGUGUGUGACUGGUUAACUUGGAGAGCGAGCCAUGUUUGACUAAGUGUAGCUACACAUUUGAGUCUUGAAGCACAGAACCAUCCACAGUACUCAUGCGGGCUACAGUGGACAAACUCUUAAGUAGCUAUGUGUGAAUACUUAAUAGAUCACAUGUUUUCUAUCAUUGGUUUAUAUAUUUGCUUACCUAUUACUUAAAUGGAUAAAAUACCUGGAAAGCCAGAGAACAUGACUACAUAUUGUAUUUUGAGGAGACAUUUCCAUGUUUCAUACUCAUUUUCAAAGAAAAUCUGCAUACAAGUGCUUGAAACAUCAUUUGCAGAGAAAACUAUUUGAA